AUGAAGAAGAAGUAUGAAAGAGUGAAUAUGAAUUUAAAUUAAUUAAUUAUGUAAUGGAUUCGUGAUUACAUGAAUUUGAUCAUUUAGACCAAUCUAUCUCCAUCCAUAAAUAAUAUCAAAUUGACAGCUUUCUAGAUUCUCAUUUAUCAUUUAUAGCUCACUCAUUUUAUAACAUAGCAGUAUGAUGAGAAUAUUUUCAGAUUGAUUAAAGCACUUUCAGAGAUCAGCAUAUUGACAUCCCUAUUCUAAGAUAUUUACACUAUUAAUAUAUUGACAGGGGUUCUAUUGGCUAUUCUAAAUGUGUUACCUUAUCUUAUAAUUUUGCAUAGAAAAAUAAGGAGCGAAAACUAAAACGUUGAUAUCAUAUCAAAAUCAAUUUUAAAGGUAAAAGAAAACACAUAAAUUAAAGUCUGCCACAAAGUUAGUGAAUUACUAUUUCCUAUAUUUUACUUGGCUUCUCUAUCUUCCUCAAAUGCAUUACAUAAGUUGGAACAUAAUGAGUUAAAAUGAUCUAUUGCUUUUGAUGUUAGCAUUGCUGAACUUACUCUUUUCAAUAGUAUCCUUGCUUAUUUCAAACAUCUAUUUCAUAAAUUUUGAAUUCAAUGAAUUACAAUUGAGAAAACAUUUCACUUAUAAUAAUUGUUUUGCACAGUUACUUAUAAUACCAAUGGCCAUAUUGAAUCAAAGUUAAGAUUAAUUGAUGAAGAUAAUCAGUAGAACAAUACAUGGAAUAAUCAUUUUAAUAUUAUUUUAUGAAGCUUAUUUUUAAUUACCUUUUGGGUAUAAAUUUAAUUAUUAAUUGACCUAGAUUCUCAAAAUAUUCAAUCAUUUACAAUAGAUUAUUAGUUAUGCAUAUUUUAGUAUUCAUUUUCACAACAAUCAUGUACCAAAAUCCAGAAUAUAGAUAUAGUCUCUCAACCUUAAUGCUUGUAACUUAACCAAUUACAUAAUACUUAUUUUAAGUAUUAAUGUAAGAUAAAAGAUUAAAAACAUAUCAUAACACAACAAAUUAAUAUUAGGAAUUAUUGAUAAUAGAAGAUUUCUUUGAAAUAAUUUAAGCAACAUAAAGAAGUAAGAAGAGAACAAUAGAAUUAAUUUAAAAAUUUAGUUUACAUUUUAAUCGAUGUUAAUCUAUAAAAUGUUAAUGUAAAAAAUUUGGAGCUAGUGGAAUAUUAAGAUGGGAUGAUGCAGUUAUUUUAACAUCAUGUUUAUUUAGAAUAGGAUUUGAAAAACAUAAAAAUGAUUCUAAAAAUCUUGAAAUUUAUAGUUUAAAAUUCUUAACUUUUAUUAAUAAAUAUAGAAAUAAUGCACCUAAAAGUUAUUAAGAAUUAAAGAUCUUAUUUUAAAAGAAAAGAAGUUAUUCUUUUUAUUUUAUUUAGAUUUGUUUAUUAUUAUAAUUUAUACUUUAAGCAUAAAUGCAAAAAGAUGAAGAUUAUAAUAUUAAUAAAGAUACAAGAGUAUCUAAUGUUAAAUUAUAAGUUAGUAAGAGUGAAAGAAGUAUUGUAUAAACAUUAUAUUAAAUGGAAUAAAUAAAAUAGAAUAUACUUCCUUUGUUAAUAUAACUUAGUAAUUUUAAAAUAUAAUUUUGGAAAAGUUAUUUAGCAGGUAAAUUUGUUAGUUUUUCAGAUAUUGAAUAAUAAGUUUAGAAAUUAUAAUCAUUAAAACAUUAAAUUUUAUAUUAAUUAAAAAUAUAUCAACCUAUAUUUUAUACUAAUGGAAGAACCUUUAAUGUAUAAUUCUUAAAAUAUAGUGCAUUAAUUGAUUUAUUAUUAUUUAAUAAUGUAAGAAAAUAUUUUGAAUUUGAAAAAGGUAAAAAAUAUAUUUUAUUAAUUUAGAGAGAAGAGAGAUUUUAUAAUAAGAGAAAAGUAUGAAUACUUUUGAAAUUACUAACAUUAAUUUCUUUAAAGGAGAAGCAAUAUCUGUUAAAGUAUGCAUAGCUUAAGGACCAAAUAUAGGUAAAGUAUUGAAUGAAGUUAUUUCACCAUUAAUACCUAAAUUUUUUGGAUUUGGACAUUUUGAUAAUCCAUUAGAGGCAUUUCUUGAUUACACUAAAGGAAAUAUUAAUACUUUAAUGCCAGCAUGGUUAUCUCCUGUUCAUGAUGAGAUGAUGUAAAAUUAUAUCAGAAGAGGAGGAACAGCCAGAAUAGGUAAGUACUUUUAAACAUUUGCAAAGAUUUAUGAUAAGACAUUAAUUAGAUGUUAAGUGUAUCUUGCACAUAAUUUUAGUAAAGAUUUAACUGAUGAUUUUACAAUGAUUGGAUGUUUAAAAUCUUUAGAAGAAUAAUAACCAAAAGUAUCAGUUGAUGAAGCUAAGAAAUUAAAGAAUGUAGUAUUUAAAGGAGUAUAACAUAUUCUUUUUGAUGUAAAUGGAAAUAUUUUAGGUGUUACAUAAGGUUUAUUUAAAAUGAUUGAUAGAUUAUAAAGAAUAAGAGCUAAUUAAAAUAUAUCAUCACUUAAAUAAUAGAGUGUAGAAAAGAGUAAAUCAGAUAUAUCUUCAUUAGAAAGUGAGAGUUAUGAUGUAUAUGAUUAAUAAUGGUCUAAUUCAAUAUUAACAAUUGAUGAUUUUUAUAAUAAGGUAUUAAUUUGGAUGCUUUUACCAUUUAUAUGUAGAGAAAUAGAAUAAACAGGAAUUGAAUAUUUAAUGGAUGGUGAAACACCUCCAAAAAAUAGAUAUCCAAAUUUAAUUGAUUUAGAUAAUAGUAAUAAUGUUGUUAGUAAUAAAGAGACAUAUUUAUUUGUUCCAGAAGACUUACAUUUAUUUGUUUAAUAAUAUGAAAAGGCAUUAUAAAAGAUUAUAGAUGAUACUCGUGUUUAAUCUAAUAAUUUUUCAAGUGGUAGUUAAUAUAAAGGUUAAAAAUAUGAUUAAGAAAGUGAUUCUGUUAGUUUAUAAUAAGCAGUAUCAAUUUUUAAUGAAAAGUUGUGUUCAUUUUUUUAUGAUGAACAUUUAAAAAGACAUUAAGCUUUAUAAUUUGGAACAACUAGAUAAUCAGAAAUGUAAAAGACUUCAGUUAAACCAUAAUCUUAAACAUAAGUUUCUAUUCCAAGUGAAGAAGAUAGUGAAUAAUUAAAAACAAGAGCUGAAAAAGUUUAUUAAGAUAAGUAUUCUAAAUAUAUUGAAAAAAUAACACCUUAAGAUUUCAAUCCUGUACCAGUUUAUUAUUCAGUAAAUUAUGAAGAAUAUAGAUAUAAGAAAAAUGAUGUUGAUUUAAAAUAAUAAAUGUUUUUAAUUGAAUUAACUGUGAAUGAAUAAUUAUUACUUACAACUAUGGGAUAUAAAAGAUAAGUUAGAGAUACUAUUAAAUAAACAUUCUAAAAUUAUUAAUCUAAACGAUAAUUAUUAGAAUAAUAAUUAUAAACUGAAGAUUCAAUGAGUGUUUAAGGAAAUAUGAGUGAAUAGAGAAGUGAUCAUGAUUUAGAAGUUACAAAUUAUCUCUUUCCAUCACAUCCUUCUCAUUAUUUUGAAGAUAUUUAUAUAGAUUCAUAAAAAUUAGAUUAAUUAUCUAGUCCUUUUAAAUAAAUGGAUAAUGCACAAUUAUUAUCAAGUAGAAGUGAUGAAGUAGAAAUUCAAUAAAAACUUACUCUCAAUUCAUAAGAAUCUUUAGUAAAAAAUACUGAAAAGUAAAUUACAACUAUGAAUUCAAAAGCAUUUAAUAAAAAAAAAUAAUAAGAUUUCUUUAAUGAAAAUGAUAGUAAAUUAGCUAUGGAUAGUAGAGCAUCAUAAUAAUAAAUAUAAGAGGAAUAUUAAGUUAAAUAUUCAGAAAAUUUAAAAUUAUUUGAUUCUAAUUAUAAAUCAACUUUAUAAAAAAUAGAAGAUUUUAUAAAUCCAACUACAUUUAGAAUAUAAAAAUAUCUACUUUACAUAGUAUUAUUCUUAAUUAUUGGUUAUAUCAUUCUAUUAACAAUAGCUGUAUAUCAAAAAUAUAAUUUUGAUGAUUGUCUUAAUUUAAUAGAUUUGAUGUUAUCUACAUAAAAAGCAUAUUCUUAAAUUACACAUGGAUUAUAUCGUAUAGAAUUAGAAUCUUAAUUUUAAAUGGAUUAAAAAAUGAAAUAAUUUUAUUUAUAAUAAAUUGAUUUAAGUUUACAAAGUUUUAUCAAUUUAUAAAGCAAUUAAUUAUUUGAUAUUAAUUAAGUAGAAUUUAGUGUAAAUUAAUUUUACAAUAUAGAAUAUGAAUUAAUUAUGAAACCAACAUUAUAAGAAACUAUAUAAAUGAGUUUAGCAUAAUUUUAUAAAAUUAGAAAUACUACUUCAUCUAAUUUAAUGAUUACUUAAAUUUCUGUUGCUAAUUUAUAAGAAAUUGGUUAAUUACCACAUUUAGCAUUUAAUUAUUGUUAUGAUGAUAAAAUAACAAAUGAAGAAUAAACACAAUAAUUAUUAACUAUUUAUAUGGUUGUAAUCUUUUUUUUAGUUAUGUUAUUAUAAUUUCUAUAAAUUCCAUUAAUAUCUAGAUUAUCUAAUGAUCAUCGUAGAUUAUAUAAAGUUGUUAUGAAAUUAUAAAUAUAUGAAGUAUAAGAUGAAAUAGAGACAUAUGAAUAAGUAUAAACAAUUUUUAAGAAAUCAUUAUAUGAAUGGAUGUUAAUAGAUUUUGUUUCUGAAACUAGAAUGUUUGAAAGUAGUGUAGAAAAUAUGUAAUAUCAUAAUAAUUAAUUAACUGAUUAAAGUUAAACUUAAUUAUUAAAUACUAAUAAUAAGAAAAAUAAAUAUAAAUUAUAUGAAAAAUUAAAAAGGUAACAUAUUAAUCAAACUAGAUAUAUUAUUAUAUUAUUAAUUGGACUCUUUGUAAUUUUAGCUUAUUUCUUAAUUAUAUUUUUUGUUAUAUUUAUACUUUCCUAAUAAUUACUUGCAAAUAUUGAUUUAUUAUUUAAUUUUAAAUUGGCUCAAUCUUCUUUUAUGAAUAUAAUUAAUAAUAUGGAUUUGAUAAGUUAUUAAACUUAUGAACAAUAAAAAUUUAUUAAUAUUAUGAGUUAAGAGUAAUUUAUCAAUUAUUCUUAAGAAUUAAGAAGUGAUAAAUAAGAUUAAUUCAUAGAAUUUAACAAUAAUUUUGUUUCAAUUAUAAGUGAUCAAUAAUUAAAAACAAAUCUAGAAGCAUUAAAUGAAGAUGAUAUUUGUUUACCAUCUAUAGGAAUUAUGUGUAAUGAAACGUAAACUUAUAUUCAUAAUCCAUCAAUCAUUUAAUAUUAUUAACAUGGUAUGAAAUAUUUAAUAACACAAAUUAAUAAAAUUAUUGAAUCUUAUCCUUAAUUCUUUUACAAUAAUUCUGGUAAUAAUACAGAAGAACAUCUUGAAGACUUUUUUGAAGGUAUAGAACAUAUUAUUUAUAUUGAUUAUGGAAGUGACAUUUUAGUUUAAGCAUAUGAUAAAGUUGUUAUUACUGCACAAGAAUAAUUCGAUAAAUCUUUGUCAAUCUAUAAAGAAACAUUGAUGAUAUUUAUCUUAAGUGUUGGUGUAUUAGGAUUGUCAAUCAUAUGGAUUCUAGGAAGAUUAUUAUUAAAAAUGUAAGUAGAUUCAAUAAGUACUUGUUAAACAUCAUUAUUAUUAAUAUCUCCCAAAAGAUAUUUGAACCAAAAUAUAAUCCAAAUAGCAUAAAAAAAAAGAUGA